GUAUGCGUUCUCAGCUUUCUUGAACUAAAUAUCCAUGCGUAAAUUUAUUGCGCUUAGCAUGACCCCUCAGAUUUCCUUUGAUCGUAUGCUCCAAAUCGCGAUUUUUUAGAGGUUGACAACAUCACGUGAAGCAAGGAUACAGGCUGAACAUUUGUCUUCUGAUGGUUUCAGCGUUGUUUUCACUCGUACUCAUGCACUUUGUUAUUGACGUGACUUGGAGAAGUUCGUACGUUUAAUCGUAUGUUCUAUUUCGAAGAAUUGCCUUUUGGUAAUUUUCUUUGAAUGACUUCUGUUGCUUGAUGUUAGAUAAGAAUGAGGCGUCUUUGGGUUUGUCACAUUAUCUAGUUUGAAAUGGGUGUCUCUCAAAGCAUCGUAUGGGAUUGAGAGGUCAUGGUUUGCAGUUGCCUGCUGCUAUCCCACCUGGUUUUGGUGCCAUGGCAUAGCCUCCAUCAUUCAUCCAUAAACUAAAAUACCUAGAAGGAACAGAUGCCUUACUACGUUACCAUGUAUCCACCAUGUCCCCUUCCGCAACAUAUAACAGCUUUGUACAUGAUCGCUGUUAUGAGCAGCAUUGCUCUGUUUAGUCAGAGUAUUACUAUUGUGAGUGCUGACAUCCUAGUUUACUGUGAAGACCCUUAUGGGCAAGUUGAAGUGGAAUUUAGAGAUUUGCCAUCUCGAUUUGGAGAUUCUCUACCUUCUCAAGGCCUUGAGGGAUAUCUGGUAUAUUCUGAUCCACCCAUGGCAUGUGUUCCUGUUGCUCCACCCCCUGUACUAGGAGCAAAUUAUACAAAACCAUGGGUGUUAUUGAUUUCAAGAGGUAAUUGCUCCUAUGAAUUAAAAGUGAGGAAUGCCCAAGCUGCAAAUUUUAGUGCUGUUAUAGUGCACAAUGUCAAUUCCAGUGAUCUUGAACCAAUGUCUGCUGCAAAUCCAACUGGAAUCCACAUACCCUCUGUGUUUGUUGGAGAAUACACGGGACUUAAAUUUUUAAAAGCUAAAUACCAGUAUAAUGAAACCCAACUUUGUAGACAUUAUAUACUCAUCAAUGAUGACAUGCCAUUUAACAUCAACACUCACCUGCUUCUUCCAUUUGCAACUGUUGUUGGGAUUUGUUGCUUGAUUAUGCUGACAUUUACGAUUUUAAAAUGUUUACAAGAUCGGCGACGUCAAAGAAGACAUCGGUUGCCACCGGCAUCUCUGCGUCAAAUUCCAACUUCUAAAUUUCAAAAGGGUGAUCCCUAUGAUACAUGUGCAAUAUGCUUAGAAGAUUAUCAGGAAGGAGAAAAAUUACGUAUUCUGCCUUGUUCUCAUGCUUACCACAGCAAAUGUAUUGAUCCAUGGCUAACUCGCAACCGGCGUGUAUGCCCUGUUUGUAAACGCAAAGUAUUUGCUCAAGAUGAACGGGUGUCUGAUUCAGACUCUGAUAGUGAUGCUGAUGACACUACACCUCUUAUGCGGCCUGGAUCACAGGGCACUCAAGGAGGAACAUUCGUUAGAUCUGCUGGCAACCCUAUUUCAAACACAAAUCCGAGUCCGUGGGGAAGCUCUUACUCUUCAAUUGCAUCCUCAUCAGGAUCAUCGAGUGGUGCUCAACCACAGACUGAAGAGGGUUCAACAACACGCUCCAAUGAAAAUGAUGGCCAGGCAAGCAAUACCUUAAUGCAGUCUCUUAAUGCAAUCCUAACGAGGUCUGCUUUUGCAAGGGCUAGAGCAGCGGAUGUGAGAGCGAGGUUAUGUGGUUCUACCACUGUACCAGAACAGGCUGAUUCCUCAUCUGAAUCUACAAAUAGACUCCAAGAAGGAGACAGCCAAGGCACUGUGACCGGCUAUAAUAUGUCCUCAGGUGAACACUCCAUUAAUAGUCAACCAACUGAUCUAGAUUUCUCUGAUGAUCAUUUUGAGCGUGGAGGUCUCCCAAGUCAAUGGGGAUCUCGUGUCGCUCUUUUGGGAAGUAGAUCUGAAGCAGAAGGUUGUGUGUUGGAAGCAUGUGAUGCAGCUGAGGUUGCUGAAGAGGCUUGCGGUGAUACUAGUCUUCCAUCGGUCUCAGUAAGGUCUUCAUCUAGCUCCAGGGGCUCCACCUCCAGUGAACGCAAGCCUGCAGUUGUUUAAUUGUGUUUUGUGGACCAAUUUCUUUAAAAUAAAAGUAGAAGGAUAGCUUUUUAGAAUUUGGUAAUAUGAGAACCAAACGUCUUGCCUGUAAUUGUAUUUUCUUGUGGUACAUGCCAAGGUUUUUCAGGAACAUGAUUUGGUUCUCAUGCAUUCCAAAAUUAUUCUUAAAAGUUUUCAUGAGGAUGAGAGCUUAUAUUGCAAGCAAAGAGUUCACAUUUUUACCAAGGACAUGUUGAAGUUGCAUCUUUUUAAAAAACCAUAUUUAUUUUAGGUAAGUGGUCUAGUCGUAUUAACCUAAAGCAUGUGUAUAGUAAAUAAAUGUUUAUAUUAUUUGUGUACACUUGUGCAAAGCUAUUGAUAGAUCUUUUACAUUUGAGAUAACCAUGACGAGAUUAGCUCAGUCAGGGCCAACCCGUUUUAAAAUGCUAUCUGUUUGUGGGUAUCUUGUUCUUUCAGUCACCUAUUCCUUCAAAUAUAGGAUAGAGAGGCUUGGCCGUCUAAAUAAUUAUGUUGUUAGUACCAUGGAAACUGAUUUAAAACCCCAUUGAAAAGGCAAUUGCUUUUGAGAUGAAGGAUAAGAAUAUAUUCCCUUGAUAAAGUGUCACUCUAUCCGUCCCUUGUCAUUGAAUGUCUUUGGUAUUAAAUGUGGAUUUUGAAGCACAAAUAGACAUGAGUUACCGUACCAUAAUGUUUUAAAAUUAAAUUUCUAAUUUUAAGAUUGUGCCUCAUAGCAAUCAAAGGUUCCAGUUUUCUGUAGGAGCUGACUUCAUGUAGAAAUUGACAGAACCUUCCACCCUAAAUUAAGAUGUUUCCCUUUUCUCUGUUAAGGUACUGGAAAAAGUACUCUUAUUUACCUAUGUGAUACAUGAGCUAGAUUUUAUAUUAUGUGGAAACUAAUGUUUUCAAGCUGUGUUUAUGACAAGGUGGAGCAUAGAACUUGUUCUUUUGUUCUGUUCGCUACAAAGAGAUGCAUGAUAUUCUGAUAUGUGCAUCCAGCUUCUUGUACAUCCUUGAAUUGUCCCUAACAAAUUGUUGAUCCCAUAGAGGCAAUGGAUACUUCUCUCAUUGAAAGAACUGAUGAAGGAGUAAUUACCAUUUUUGCCAUUAGUGGGACUGAAUCUGACAGCUAUCUUUAAUGUAUAAUUGGUUAUGUAAGAUUUAUUGAUUUUAUAUACUGUUAUCGAUUUGUACAUGUAGUUUUCCUUAUUUUAUCAUUUACCAGUUUAUUUAAUUUUUAUUAUUAUGCUAGAUUAUUCUCGUUUUGUGCAUCUAAUGCAAUUACAUUUUGCUUUGACUCUCAGACUGGUGCCUUGAAAAUAAAGUUAUGACAGCAAUUUAAUUUGUAGAAUACAGUUCGAGUUUGAGUACCUGUGCUUUCUGCUUAAGGUGUUGAACAUUUUAUUCUCCCAUAGAUAUGUAACUUUCAUACAUUAAAAUAAGAAGUUAAGGUAAUUUUUCACAAAGGUAUUUUUGUAUAAAGAAAAUAUUUUUGUUCCAACAGAUGUGAUCUGUCUCUGCAAAGAAUACAUUGUUGAAACUUGAUAAUUUGUUUAAACAUGUUGGAAAUAGACUGAUUUAAACUAUAAAUGUAUCUAUUGCCAUUCAAUUUAAGCCUUAUGUUGUCUAUCCUUGUUGUUGGUUUUCGUUUUUUUAAUUAUUCAAACUCUACUCUCAUUCUAAAUAUCAUGUGCUAUGAAUUAUUGCUUCGCAGUAGCUGUAGUUCCUCAUUUUACUCAAUCAUUAUUAAAACAAUUUUCCAGAAAACUUAAGGAUAAGAAGUGAUUGAUACAUUCACAUUUGUGAAAGUCAUAGUCGUUAAAUAUGGAGUGAAAUCUUUAUUAGAAAUGAAUAAAACUGUAGUAUAAAUUUAUUUCUAAUGUAUGAUUGCAGGAUGGUUGAAAUGUGCGUGAGCUCUGUGAUAACCCUAUCACAUUUAGAUUUAAGGAAAGGGUGUUUUGCUUGUGCCAUUGUAAAACAUAAACCAAAUGGUCGAUAUACUAUACUUGAUUUCAUAUCAGUUAUAAUGCAAAGAUAAUUUCAUUAUUUGGUAAGUAAGGUACCUCACAAAUUGUUAUGAAUCCUGAAGGGGGAUGAAACUCAACUGUGAAAUUUUACUUGGCCUGUAACACAUGUAGUUGUUAGUUUGUGAGGGGUUUCACAGUUCAACUCAAAAGAACAGUAGUUUAAGAUUUGCUUUGGAAAAGAAAAUGCUUUACUGGUGUGAGAGAUUCGCCAUUGCUUUUACUCCUUUAUAAAUCAUACAUCCUACAUUAUUGUGAUAAAUUUCAUGCCUAAUAAAGAUUUUAAAAACUACA